AUGGAAGAUCCGUUUGUCCCGACCUCUUCCAUCGCUGCUCUGCUCGAUUUGAUGUCUUCGCUGGCGAGAGGAAGCGUGGAGGUUAUGCCUACGACGCUGGCGACGGUAGCACUACCCAGUGGGAAUGGUGGCCGUGUCUCACCGACCUCUCUGCGCACAGCGGCAAUUACGCCUGUAAAUGCAGGGCUGGCAGCGCCGCCUAUCGCACUGCCCUCCACCAGCAUGAUGACCACAGAGCUGUCCAGCUUGGAUGACCUACUCGCGGCGGCCAGCAUCACCGCAGCUCCAUCGUCGCUCUCCAAUCAUCCCGCAUCCAGCAUCACGGACGCAGUCUCCUUCAUUCAGAUCACCAUCCCAAGCGAAGCGGCAGCAGCAAUCUUCGGCCUCCCCACACCGCCAACGACGUCUCCGCCAACAAAUCUACCUGGUAUGGAUGCGACUUCUGUUCUCCCGGCAGAAGCAGCGAUGACGACUACUCCGCCCCUGGCCGAUGGGUUGCAAAGCCUGGGCGAGGAGAUGGUCUCGAAUAUGGUGAAUGCGUUGGUGCAGUUGAUCAGUUUACUCGCUUCUCGGACGGCGGAGCCAGCGACAAUUCCGAUGCCGACCUCUACGGCGUCUGAGAUUGAGCCAGAGGUCCUUCCAUCUAUAGCAUCGACUUCAGUCAUUUUGGUGGCAAUACCGGCAUCACCAUCAAGCUCGUCAGCUUCGUCCGAGACGCAAGACUUCACCAACCGGCGACGAAAGCCAGCGCCACAGCUUCCCGGUUUUGGCUUUCUCGGAGGACUGCUGCCAGGAGCACGUUCGAAGUCCGCGGGGGUGUCAACAUCCUCCGUCUCGCUCGACGCAACUAUACCAUCUACGCCUGUGGAGACUACAGGUCAGACUUCAUCACCUCUUCCUGGCCGACCAGUAGUAGCCGACCCGAGCAUCGCUGCGCCCGCUGUACCUCAGGUAAUCCCAUCUCCCGCCGCCCAGAUCGUCGGCAUGGCUCCCAUCGUCGGCAAUGCCGCACUGUAUGGCAGUCCUGGCACGAUGGUCAUGGGCGUGAUUGCUUCCAUCCCUAUCCCCUCCGAUCUACCCACCAUCAUCCAAGGCGUCAAAGACGCAGCCGUCUCCAACCUCGCCACUUCCGUCACCAAUAUCCCGCUGCUCGGCCAGACGAGCCAGGUCCUCGCUAUCCUCCAAUUGUUGGGAGUCAUGAAUUUAGGCCAGUUCGGCAGUGUUGCAACCUUGACGAAUCUUCCUGCUGUGCAGUCCGCUGCCCUGCUGAUUAAUGAGCCCGAUCUUGUCACUCUGAUCUACAUACUGAGGAGCAAAAGUAUCAUACAGAGUACGGCGGCGGAUGGACUGUUGGACAAUGUCGUUGGAUUUGUUCAGAUGGUGGAGUACCUGCUGCCGCUGGUGUCGAACAUCAAAACGGUAGUUGCGGUCUUGAUUUCGCAGCAGUUAGGUGUUGCUGGGUUGGACGACAUCAUCAAUGGAGUUUGA